AUGUCUUCUUCUCACGGGGUCACUGAGGAAUCGAAAAAGUACAUCGCAGAGGCGUACAAGGAGGGCAGUUACCCAGAGAAGACGGCAACGUUCUAUGACAGUUGGGUUAAAGACGACACUUAUGAUCAGCACCUGAACCAAAACAUUUACCAUGGCCCCAAGAUAGCUGCCCAGGCUGUCGCCGACUUCUUUCCUUCAUCAAAACGUGGGGACGUUCGCAUUCUAGAUGUCGCUGCUGGCACUGGUUUUGUUGCUGAACACCUGAGGAACCUGGGGUUUGAGCAUAUCGAUGCCUUGGAUCCUAGUGAAGGAAUGCUAGAAAAAGCUCGUGAGAAGAGACUAUACGAUAACUACAUCUGCGCUUUCCUGGAUAGAAACAAGUUACCUCUUCUUGAAGACACUUACGACUGUGCUGUAUCAUCCGGAGGCAUGGGUGAAGGACACAUUCCUUACAAUAGUCUGGAUCAGCUCAUCAGGGUUGUAAAACCAGGCGGACUCGUGUGUAUAGUGAUGAGAGAAGAGUACCUGAACCACAGCCAGUACAAGGACCUUCUGGAGCCGCACAUGUCUCGUCUGGAGAAAGAAGGAUAUUGGCAUCUAGUGUCUAGGGAUGUGGUGGAGAAUUACUGUUUGGAUCUCAACGGCCUUGUGUACAAUUACAAAGUUAUGCCCAAUGGGAUUAAACGCGAUCAAAUCGCAUUUUUGUCACAGGCAGUCACAAUGUCUACAUCUUUGGAGGUGACUGAGGAAUCAAAGAAGUACAUGGCCGAGGCGUACAGAGAAGGGGGUGUCCCAGAGAAGACAGCAACAUUCUACACCAGUUGGGUUAAAGACGAUAAUUACGAUCAGGAAGCCGACCUCAGAUUCAAAGCAAAUAGUCAAGAACGAGAGGAAGGAGGUUGCCACCUGUUUAAGAGGAAGCUGCACCUGAACCCAGACAUUUACCAUGGCCCCAAGAUAGCUGCCCAGUCUGUAGAGGACUAUUUUCCCUCUUCCAAACAUGCGGACAUCUAUAUUCUGGAUGUCGCUGCUGGCACAGGUUAUGUUGCAGAGCACCUGAAGAACUUGGGAUUUAAGCAUAUCGAUGCCCUGGACCCUAGUGAAGGAAUGCUAGAAAAAGCUCGCCAGAAGAGACUAUACAAUCAUUAUAUCUGCGCCUUCCUGGAAAGUAACAACAAAUUACCUAUUCUUGAAGAUACUUACGACUGUGCAGUGAUAUCCGGAGGCAUGGGCGAAGGACACAUUCCCUACAAUAGUCUGGACCAACUCAUCAGGGUUGUUAAGCCAGGUGGACUUGUGUGUAUAGUGAUGAGAGAAGCUUUCGUGAACUGCAGCCAGUACAAAGACCUGUUGGAACCUCAUAUGUCUCUUCUGGAGAAAAAGGGUUUAUGGCAGAUGGUGUCAAGAACUGUGGUGGAGAAAUACGUCCUGCAGCAUAAUGGCGUUGUCUACAAAUUCAAAGUUCUAUCCCGCUAG